AUGCAGGAAUACCGCACGCUUCUCAAGCCAUUUAUCGUUGACCAGCUGGAGUUUCUGCAGAAGCACAAGGAAUCUCCUAACACGCUGGUAGAGGGUGCCAAUGCGCUGAUGCUGGACCUGGACCACGGCACAUACCCGUUCGUGACAUCGUCAUCAACGGGGCUGGGUGGUGCCGUGCAAGCACUGGCAUUGAACCCGACCAGCAUCAAGUCUGUGAUCGGUGUCGUGAAGGCGUACACGUCGCGCGUGGGAUCGGGCCCGUUCCCCAGCGAGCAGCUCAAUGCCGAUGGCGAGAAGCUGCAGAGCGUCGGCCGCGAGUUCGGCGUCACCACGGGCCGCAAGCGCCGCUGCGGCUGGCUUGAUCUCGUGCUGUGCCGCUACUCCCACGCCAUCAACCACUACACCGCCCUCAACCUAACCAAGCUCGAUGUCCUGGAUGACUUUGACGAGAUCAAGGUCGGCGUCGCCUACCGCUUGCCGGACGGCUCCCGCACCACCUGCUCUUUCCCCGCCGACCCCAAUGUCGUCGAAAAGAUCGAGGUUGAAUAUGUCACGCUGCCGGGAUGGAAGGCCAACACCAUGGGUGUCACCCGCUACGAGGAUCUGCCGGCCAACGCCCGCGCCUAUAUCGAGUACAUUGAGCGCGAGCUCGGCGGUGUCCCCGUCAAAUGGAUCGGGACGGGUCCUUCACGGGACCACGUCAUUUUCCGGGAUUAG